AUGCAUUAUAGUCCUGCAUUUUUUAAUACCACCGUUAACGAACAAAUCCUUCCUUCCGUGUGUCUAUCUCUCUCUUCCUUUCUCUCCCUCUCUCGCUUUCUCCCUAUCUCGCUCUCUUUCUCCAUCUCUCCUUUUCUCUCUCUUUCAUUUUCUCUCUUUCUCCUUCUCUCUUUCUCCCUCAUUCUUUCUCUCUUUCUCCCUCCCUCCCUCCCCUCUCUUUCUCCCUCUCUUUCCCUCCCUCCCUCCCUCUCUCUUUCUCCUCUCUCCAUCACUCUUCUCUUUCUUUCUCCCUUUCUCUUUCUCCGUCACUCUUUCUCCGUCACUCUUUCUCUCUUUCUCCUCUCUCUAUCACUCUUCUCUUUCACUUUUUUUCUCCCUCUCUCUUUAUCCCUCACUCUUUCUCCCUUUUUCCCUCUCUCUUUCUCCUCUCUCCAUCACUCUUUUCUUUCUCUUUCUUCCUCUCUCUUUCUCCUCUCUCCAUCACUAUUCUCUUUCACUUUCUUUCUCCCUCUCACUUUAUCCCUCACUUUUUCUCCCUUUUUCCCUCUCUCUUUCUCCUCUCUCCAUCACUCUUCUCUUUCACUUUCUUUCUCCCUCUCACUCUCUUUCUCCCUCUCUCUCGUAAAGCUUCAUGUUGAUAUAACAUUCAAGAACUCAAAGAAACUGAAAACUAUAUCUAACUGGUCUUCAAAAAUAUUAUUGCGUAAUUUCCUCUUUCGUUGUAAGGAGUCGUUGGGGCGCCGUCGUGCUGAGCAGUCCAUCGUUUUUUCUUUCCUUUUUUCUUUCUUUAUCUUUCCUUUUUUUCUUUCCUUUUUUCCUUCUUUUUUCCUUUUCGUUUUCCAUCUUUUUUCUUUCCGUUUUUCUUUCCUUUUUCGUUUUUCUUUCUUUUUCUAUCCUUUUUUCUUUCUUUUUUUUCUUUCUUUUUUUCUUUCCUUUUUUUCCUUCUUUUUUCUUUCCGUUUUCCAUCUUUUUUCUUCCCGUUUUGCUUUCCUUUUUCGUUUUUCUUCCUUUAUUCUUCCUUUUUCUUUUUUUUUCCUUCUUUUUUCUUUCCGUUUUCCUUCUUUUUCUUUCCGUUUUCCUUCUUUUUCUUUCCGUUUUUCUUUCGUUUUUCUUUCGUUUUUCUUUAUUUUUCUUUCCUUUUUUCCUUUUUUUUUCUUUUUUCCCUAUUUUUUUCUUUCAAUUUCUCUUUCCUUUAUUCUUUCCUUUAUUCUUUCUGUUUUCUUUAUUUUUUUCCCUUUAAUUUCCCUUUUUCUCUUUCCGUCUUUUCUUUCCUUUUUUUUAUAUCCUUUUUUUGUUUCCUCCCUCGUUACUUUUCCUUUUCUCAAAGUAGUGAUCGGUACAACUGCUACCAAGAUGUUUCAACAUUUUUUCUUUCCUUUUUUUCCUUUUUUUUUCUUUUCUUUUUCUUUCCUUUUUCUUUAUUUUUUUCCUUUUUCUUUUGUUUUUUCCCCUAUUUUUUCUUUAAUUUAUUGUUUCCUCCUCUUGAUAGCAUUGUACUCAGUCGCUCACUGGUUCUAA